CGCGAGAGAAUGUUGUGCGAGGACAAGGCAGCGCGUGAAAAUAUUUUAAUGUUGCAAUUCUCAGUUGGGGGAAAAGAUUGAAGGAUUAUUUGUAAUGCAAGCAAAUAGAUAUUUAAAUGUGUUAGGAGAAAAUAUCCAAUCAUGCAAAACAAAAGAGCUAAGUGAAUUAAAAAUUGUAUUAUAAAAGUGAUUAAAAAGCGUGUUAUUGAGAAAAAGUUCGUACGCUACAAUAUAUUGCUGCUACGCCAAGGAAUCGAGUAUAAUGUGACCCAAUUCGAUGUGUGUACGUGAGUGUGUUGAAUGUUAGAGAUCUCGUAUCCAACGGAAGAAGCAUUAACGAAAGUGUAAAUGAUUUAUAUUCUGGGUAUAUACAAGUGCAGAUGUAUAGAUAUGCAUAUGUGUGAGCAUCUAUUUCGCUAUAGUUUCAUGCAAACUUAGCGGCAAAUAAAAUACAACUUGUGACAGCGCCUAAAAGCAGACUAAUACAUGCGAUAUUGUUAUGUGAAUAAUGUACAUGUACAUGUAUAUAUGUAUAUUUUUAUGUUAUUUGCGAAUUUUCCUGUCAUUUUCUCGCCGUCCUCAUCCUUUUCUACUUUACUUUUCUCACAAGAAUUUUGACAUAAGAGUGAAGAAAGAACUGUCGAAAGCGAAAAUGCCUAAAAACAAUAUCCUUGCCAGCAAAUUUUGACAGCUGAUUUUACUUCAAUAACAGCAAAACCAAAAAAUAAAGCAUAAGACGUAAACACACAAGUGAGAGAGAUAGAGAAAAAGUGUGAGCACAAGCGCCACUGCGAGCAUACCCGGGAGCGACAUCUAAACAACUCGAGAGUUUUCGUCGAGUGGGUUGUGCCAUCAAAAUAAUAACAAGCAACAACAAAAAUAACAUUUUUUCAAUAGCAACAUAGCCUCUUACGGCCAUAUUCCUCCACGUCCUUCGUUUUCUUACGCCAGUGAAAAUAUGAAGAUCAAUGCGAAAAUGGCCACUCCGAUCGAGGAAAAGGUUGAUCAAAAUCUAAAGAUCCGCACUGGCAUGGUUAAUGUCAGUGAUGGCAAAAGUAAACCAGAACCACUUAGACUGAAUUUAACUAUGGAACUAGUAACCUUACAGAGAUUAGAAGUUGUUACGCCAACAAAUCCUCAACACAAUGGACCACCAAUGGAGUCAAAAGAACGCAUGGUGCAAAUAACCCGUCAAAAGCAAGGUGGCCUUGGUUUGAGCAUAAAAGGUGGUGCCGAGCACAAAUUGCCCAUUUUAAUAUCGCGCAUUUACAAGGAUCAAGCGGCGGACAUUACAGGUCAGCUAUUCGUGGGCGAUGCAAUAAUUAAGGUGAACGGCGAAUAUAUCACAGCUUGUCCGCACGAUGAUGCGGUAAAUAUAUUACGUAACGCAGGUGAUAUUGUUGUGCUAACGGUUAAGCAUUAUCGCGCGGCGACGCCUUUCCUGCAGAAGCAACUUGCCAAGGAGACGCCCGAUUCGGACAAUGAUGCAACAUGUGCGGAAUUAAAGGCUGACGAAGGCUACAAGUCCUCGGUAAAUAACGGCACAAUAAGUCGCAGUUGUAGCCGUCCGAUGUCAAUUUGUUCGGAACCGGAAAAGAAAUGGGUAGAUGUGGUGGCAGUGCCGCUGAUGAUGGCCUACGUAACGCGAUACAUCUAUGGCACCGAUAAGCUGCGCCCCAAUGCCUUUGAAGUACGCGGCCUUAAUGGCGCCUCGACUGGCAUAAUACACUGUGAUGAUUUGGCUAUUCUCAGUCAAUGGCUCAAAUUGAUAACCGAUAAUGUUGUUGGAUUGACACAUUUACAAAUGAAGCUUUAUAAUCGCAAUUUUGCCGUAGGCGAACGCAUCGAAUACAUGGGCUGGGUGAAUGAAGGUGUUAUUAACAAUAAUAUCUCUUGGCAAAGUUACAAGCCGCGUUUUCUAGUACUGAAAGGCACGGAAGUAAUGCUUUUUGAAACACCACCGCUAAACGUCGCUGGUUUGUCGAAAGCUUUGGUCGCUUACAAGGUCUACCAGACGAUGUUUCGUGUUGUGAAAGAAUCGGAAACGGUGGACAGCCGUCAGCAUUGCUUUCUGCUGCAGAGUUCCGGUCAUGAGCCACGCUAUCUGAGCGUUGAGACGCGUCAGGAGUUGCUGCGUAUUGAGAAUAGUUGGAACGCGGCCAUAGUGACGAGUGUAAUUAAACUGGGCCGCAAAACGUUCGCCGUCUCACAUCAUGGCAAGAGUGGCGGUCUGACGUUGGACUGGCAGUCAGGUUUCUCACUGGCGGAGGGCGCCGACUCGGCCAUCGUUUGGCAAUAUAAAUUCUCGCAACUACGCGGCUCUAGCGAUGAUGGAAAAUCAAAAUUAAAAUUACAUUUUCAGGAUCAUGAAACUCGUGCAAUUGAAACAAAAGAACUGGAAUGUCAAGUACUGCAAAGCUUACUCUUUUGCAUGCAUGCCUUUCUGACGGCCAAAGUCGCUUCAGUCGAUCCAGCAUUUCUGAGUUCCAUACAACAAACCUAAGCAAAUGAAUCGGUGGAAAUCGUAAAUUGGGGAAUUCGGAAGAAUCGUAAAUGCAGACAGAAAAUGGCGGCUGAAAUUAUUUAUUAUGAUAUAUUAAAUAAAUUUAACGAAAAUUAG